UUUACAUCAUGCCAUGAAAAGAGACAACUACAGGGAAAAAAUCAGUAUUAGGUUUUAGCAAGUUUAGCAAUACAAACGAACAAGUCUUACGUGAGUCGCUUAAUGUUAAUACGUUGGCGCCUGGCGGGCGAAAGCUGCAACUAAGAUGCGCUUGGCUUGGCUUGGCUUCCUUUGUUUCUUUUCGAGCCUCCGUGGUCCGUUAUUUCUUGUUCUUGUACAUGAUUGUUAUCAAUAAUUAUCUGUGCACGAUUGUGUUUGAUUGUAUUAUUGUGUAUCUUGAUCUGUGGUAUCUUGGAUUCACGGGAUUGUUUUCCUAGGUAUAUACCUAGUUCUGUUUCCUCUGUGAAUUAUAUUUUACCAGUGCCAGUGUGUUCAACGAGGUUUACAAUCCAAUCAUAUAUAGCGUUGAAACUGCAUUUGGUUCAAGCACUGAAGUUCUAAUUAGCAGGUAAGAGUGUUUCAUAUAUAAUUUUAUAUUUAAUUCAGUUUUCAAUCAGAAUAAUAUGAAUAAGAAAACAAAAACAACAAAGGGUAUAUCAAAACGCCAUAGAAAUAGAAUAUUACAAUCGAGAGUCGAAUGGUAUUCUGAGGCCCUGAAUAUAGAGAAGGUAUCAGAUCAAUCUGAACUAUUUCUCUCAUCUGAUUCUGAUGUUGAAAUAGUGAGACACCGAGUGAGACACCUAACCCCUAUGGAAUUAGAGAACUCUGAUACAUCUAUAUUGAAUGUUGCUAGUACAUCAGGUACGAAUAAUAAUCAAACCUAUCAAUGUAGCAGUCCUGAGAGAGUUGUAUCAACAAUUAUUGAUGAUAAUAUUGAGUUUGUUGUUGAAUCAGAGAACUGCAGAAUUGCUGAUUCAAAUGAUCUAAAAGUUUUAGGAGAGAGCAGAAGUAUAUCAAAUCAUAACUUUCAAGAUCAAUUAUCAAAUUGGGCAAUUUCUCAUAAAAUCCCCCACAAUGCUUUAACCAGUUUGUUAGGUAUUCUUAAAACAGUGCCAGCAUUGGAAGAAAUUCCAGCUGAUGCUCGCACUCUGUUGCAUUGCCCCAGACAAAUUUUGUUCAAAGAUAUAGCCCCUGGAAAAUAUUAUCAUUUUGGUUUAGAAAAAUCUGUCUUGAAAUUAUUACAUAAAACUGGUAGUAAAAUGUUCAAUGUGGUAGAAAUAUGUGUCAACAUUGAUGGCCUACCAUUGGCAAAAAGUUCUGGCAGCCAGAUAUAUCCAAUACUUUGUAAUUUAUAUUUGAACCCAAAAGCAGUAGAAGUUGUUGGCAUAUAUCAUGGUUUUGAGAAGCCAAAAGAUGCCAAUGAAUUCUUGAAUGACUUCAUAGAUGAAGCAAUCAGUUUAAUUAAUAGUGGUGUUCUAUAUAAUGAUCAAUUGUAUCCUUUCAAAGUAAAAGCAUUUAUUUGUGAUGUACCUGCCAAAAGUUUCAUCACUUACACCACUGGCCAUAUGGGUUAUCAUAGCUGUUCUAAAUGUCAUAUCAAAGGACAAUAUCUUGAGAAUAGAAUUUGUUUCCCAGAUACAAACAAUUUGCCAAAAAGAACUGAUGCAGGAUUUCGACAAAAAGAAGAUGAAAGGCAUCAUGUUGGUACAUCUUUCUUAGAAAAGCUACCCAAUUUUGAUAUGAUAUCUGGUGUUGUGUUGGACUAUAUGCAUCUGAUUUGUUUGGGCACUGUUAGAAAAUUACUAUAUCUGUGGUGUUUUGAUACAAAAUCUGGUAGUAAACUAUCUCGAAGGGAUCUAUCAAGAAUUUCACAAUUCCUGGAAACACAAAGGAAAAACGUGCCUAGUGAAUUUUCAAGAAAACCUAGGUCACUGUCUGAAGUGAAACGUUGGAAAGCAACAGAAUUACGACAGUUUUUGUUUUACACUGGCCCUGUGAUUUUGAAAUCAGUUUUACCACCAGAUAAUUAUAAAAACUUCAUGUCAUUGUUUGUGGGAACUGUCAUUUUAACAAAUUCCAAAUUUAUUUUCAACAAGGAUAAUGCUAAUGCUAUGUUAAAGUAUUUUGUGGAUAGUUUCAAAAGUUUAUAUGGACCUCAAAAUGUAUCUCACAAUGUACAUAAUAUGCUUCACAUAGCUGAUGAUGUUGAACUGAUGGGAGCAUUGGACAACUUUAGUGCAUUCCCUUUUGAAAAUAAACUGCAACAGUUGAAAAGGCUUGUUCGAAAAGGUGAUCAACCCUUAUCCCAAAUAGUGAAAAGGUUGCAUGAAAUAGAACACUCUGAAAUCCCAGAAAACUCAGAUAAUAUCCAACAUUUUCAAGUCAAGAAACAACAUGAUCUAGGUCCCCUCCUUCCUGGGACUAAUUUUCCACAAUAUUUAGAAUAUAAAUUCAAUGGUUUCACCUUGAAAAUUUCUGAACCUAACAACUGUUGCAGAUUGAAUAAUGGAAAGAUAAUAACAAUAUUAAAUUUUGCAUCCAAAGAUGAUCAACCUGUAAUAAUUGGUUAUGAAUAUCUCAAAAAAGAAGAUUUUUUCAAAAACCCAUGUAAAUCUUCAGAUCUCAGUAUACAUGUUGUGAGUAACCCAGGUCCUAUUGAAAUGUUUUCUGUACAAGAUGUUUCCCAUAAAUGUGUUAAAUUGGAUUAUGGAGAUAAAUUCACAAUAUUCCCUUUACUGCAUUUAGAUUGAGAUCCUGAAUUAAACUUAUAAAACAAAGCAGCCCAACCUCAUUCUGCAAGUUUAAUACUAUUUUUUUUUUACUUUAAUUCAGUAAAAAAGUAACAUAUACAAAGAUGAAUAUCUUUGGAUGGAACUUUUUGAUUAGUCUCUGGAAGUAACUCAAGCUAUAAAUAUCUGAAACAUUGUUAUGUGUACAGGGUGAUCCAUUUUCAAGCAGUGAGCUCAUGUUCCCUUUUUUCAAAUGGUACACCCCUUGGCACAGCCUAUAUUUUUCUAGUUUUGGGCAAGGUUGGUUAAAUUGAUGAUUAUUUGUAGAGUAAGGUUGCCUGGAUCAGAAAACGCAGUGAGGGGAGGUUGUAAUUUGUG